GAUGCUGCCGGGGCUGGGGCUGGGGCCGGCAUGGCUGCGUGGGUGGCCCUGCUGCUGGGGGUGCUGCUGGUGACUCACCGUCCUGGGGAUGCAGCUCUCUUGGAAGCCAAUGGCAACCUGAGCUGCCGCUGUGCCAAGACCACCAGGGCCUUCAUCUCCCCGUCGAAAUACAGCAGCAUCGAGGUCCGGCCAGUGGGGAGCAGCUGCCGGCGCCUCGAGGUGGUGGUUAAGCUAAAAAGCCUGGAGAGGGUCUGCUUGGAUCCCAACACCCCUUGGGUGAAGAAACUCCUGCAGGACCUCCCCAACCUGAGGAAGAAAGAGGCUCCCCAGUGAGGAAGCCACCACCGGCGGGACAGCCAGAUGCGCCAAGCCCCGAACUGGACACCCCCUCCCAUCCCACUGUCCCCUUGCCCCGGUGCAGCGGGGAGCGUGCUGCUGCAUGAUGCCCUGAACCCCUUUUUUCUUUGCAUUUUAUGCGUUUAAGCCCUUGAAAAUGCUGGUCCCUGCUUCCCCUCUCUCCCACCCUG